UUUAUUUGAAUGAAUGAACUUGAUGAAUAAAAAAGUAUUCAUUCUUAGUAAACAGCGCACCUUUACUUUGAGUGGAAGACAAUAGUGCUCCAAAAGUUAAGUUUCACAUGACUUCCACUUUGUCCGUAGUCACGGUAAGAGGACAGACAGUGUAGUGGAAAAUAAUUUGUCUGAGGACUGAUGUUAGAUUCCGGGGUAAGCCCGCUUGUCCGAUUCCACUGGUGAAUGUUGUGCAUGCGCGUUUCGGUACCACUCCCCGGGCAAGGAACACUGGCCUACGCUACCAAAGGCCAUAGUGACACACGAACAUUACGAACAUUUCCCUUGUUAAGUGUGGGAAUAAUGAAGAACUGAAAGCAGAAAAAGAAGAAGAAGGUGAAGAAAGAAGAAGAAAAAGAAGAAGAAGGAAGCCCAGGUGAACGAGAAGGACGCUCUUACGACGAUGGAGUUGCUGCAAGUCGACCACCUCAACGAAUGGCCGCAAUGGUGAGCUCACAGAAAAGUAAAAUAAAAAAACAAAAAUUAUGAAAAAUUAAAACAAGUGUUAGGGAUUUUUCAUUUGUAAGGCUAAGCAUGCAGCCAGUUUUGUCGGAGUAAACGACUAGAGUAGAACAGGAAUCAACGUCUUUUUACUCGAUUCUACGAGCAAGAAGUUUUUUAUCCGUUUUGACAUCCAUCGCCGUUAUGUCGCAAGAAGAACGUGAAAGAUUAGUCCAAGCAUGCCAGGUCGGUCGGGCCUUGGUGGGACCGAUGAGGACAGCUGUCGAGAAAUUAAGUACGGGGGGUCUGAGUGCUGCCCAGGUGCAGGAGGUUGAUGUAGACAAUGAUGAGGAGAUCCUCGUUCGGGGAAUUGGAGAUAACCCUGUGCGGGAAUUAAUUCUAGCAAAGGGAAUAGUUCCAACAUAUCCGUUGGAAUACUUCGCAGCUAAUAACUGGAGCAAGCCGACCAUAACGUUACCAGCUGCCAGACCGAAUACUCCUGUCGGGGGGUAUUACCAUCACAUUAAAGGAAAUAUCAGGAAGGAUCCGCCAUCAGUUGGAUCAGUUCUCGCUUUCUUAGAACUUCUAUGUUCUACCCUGCAGGAUACACUCCGAUUCGAUUGGGUGAGUCUGGGAGUCCCGAUCGGAAUCAAACACCAUAUGAUCUCACCUCUACAACUGCUGACAGUAACCCGUGGCUCAAUCGCACCGCAGGUAGGCGAUAGUUCAGGUGCCCCAACCUAUGAAGAAUUAGUGGAUCUCGGGAUGCUCAUCCUAGAGGGAUUUCGAGUGUUCCAUGCUACCAAUCCGGCAUAUGUUGACAAACUGCGGGAUGCCCUUGAGAACCAGCUCACCACACCGGCUCUCCGAGAUGCGAUCGAAGUCGCAAUUGUCAAUUUGGCGGCAGUCUAUAUCGACACGGAAUUUAUGAAAAUGCAAUGUGCGAUAGAUAUGUUCUUCGCCAUGUUCCCCAAACAUCCCAUGACAAAACUUCGUUUUGGAACAUUGAUCCUAUCAUACAAAGACUGCACAGGAGUAACUGCAGUCGGUCAUGGGUGUGAGUUGAUGAGUCAUAACACGAAGAUAUUCACCCGGUGGUUAAUGACUCCAACCCUUCGACAGGACUUUAAUAGAAUGAAUAUUCCAGGUCAGGAAAUCACCCUCCCAUACUCAUAUGGACCGUACUUGUCCGGACUUGGGUUAGUCGACAAGAGUUCCUAUUCCGCGACCCUCAACUGUGGACUUCAUAUGUUCACGCAUUUAAUAGGAUGUGCCGUCCUCUCGACAAGGUCAAUCAACGCGAUAUUUUUCCAGCCAAAAGGCUUAAGUGCUAUAAUUGACAACGCGAUUCUAUUUAUCUACGCACAUUCAUGUACCGGAUCACUGCAGAUGCAGUUCUUCCGUAAACGAGAAGUAGGGGUGGUGAAGGCGAUCGAAGAAGAAGCCCGUAAGCAAAUUGAAGUACUACGUAAACAACUGCUUGAGUUCGCUGCUGAAGAGGACGAGCCAGGUGCAGGCAAUCAAGAAGGAAUCGAGGAAAAGUCCGGAUCUGUACCAGAAGAUGGCAGCACCGGGGGAGGUGGAGACCUGGAAAAUAUAGAUGCGGGCGACGUUGACGAUUUCUAUCCGGAGGAGCCACGAAGCAGAGAUGCCUUGGACUGGUACUCCUAUAUAGCGAAACACUGCAAAGGCUCGAUCCCAGAUCGCAUGCGAGCAGUCGCAUACAAUAGAUGGUCGCAAGUCAAGGAUGUUCGACCAGGAACAGUGGGUGAAUUCGCGAAGCGAAUGGGAAGGGCACAAAAUCAUUAGGCUCGCCGAUAAUUCAUAAGACAAUCAAAUAACCAAUUAGA